AUGAUGGAUAACGCGAGUUUUGAAUAUUCAGACGAUUCAAGCAACGAAGAUAGUUUUACCGGCCAAGAUGACAGACAUGUAGUGAAGCCAUUGUCGGGCUCUGCGCCGUCGGUGCGAGUGGGCAUAGCAGGCUCGGAUGAUACGACGGAGUGCAAGCAGCCCAGCAAGUCGAGGCAGAAGAAGUUCCAGCGGCACUUCCCGCAGGUCGGGCCCGAGGAACGGGUGCUUAACUAUUAUUCCUGUGCGCUGGUAGGCGACAUACUUCUGCAAGGGCAUUUAUAUAUAACGAAGAAUUAUUUCGCAUUUUAUUCCAAUGUAUUUGGAUAUGUGACUAAAUUAUUAAUACCGACGUCGUCCGUUCUUCGGAUAACGAAGGAGAAGGUGGCGCGAAUCAUCCCUAAUGCGGUAGGGGUGUGCACGAGAGAUGAGAGACAUGUGUUUGGCUCCUUGCUCUCGAGGGACGCCACUUACAAGUUGAUGACCCUGAUCUGGAAGUCGUCCAAGGCUCCGGAGCUUGCGGUACCGAAAUCACAGGAUCUGAGAACGCCGGAAGUAUCGGAGUAUUCCCCGGAGGACGACAGCAGUUCAGGCGGUGCUGACCACGUCGACUCCACGCAGCCCGCCCGACCGGAGCCCGAGGCCAUUAUGGCAGCCGCGAGUGCUGCAGUGAUACAACCAGCGCUUCUGACGGGCACAACAGUCCUGAAACGAGACAACUCGUUCUGGCACAUGGCUCUCCUGGCGUUGGCGGCUUUACUCACCUGCUCAGCGAUGUUCCUCUCAUAUAAGCUUUAUUGCGUCACGUAUAGACCCCACGAGUGGGCUACGAGCGUGUCCAGCGAAGAGUUGUACUCGGAGCUGGUCAGAUGGCGCACCCGUCUCCAUGGACGAGCUGCUAACGAGCUACACGCCUUCCUCUCUACCAAUCUGCUGCUGCUCACUAAGGUGCGACAGUCUUUGGAAGCCCUUUCGGGUGUGAUACUAACAGACAUGGCAGAGCAAGGCCACAGGUACGCGGACGUGCCCAAUGACACGCUCUUCAGUUAG